AAUAAUAAACGUUAAUUGUGUUGUAAAUAUAAUUCUUUAGGUAUUUAUACAGUUUAGCGGCCAUAUCCAAUAAAAUACAUAAUUAAUAAUAUGAGCUGGUUUGGAUGUGUCGUUCUCGUAAUGACUUUUAUUUUCAAAUAUACUCAGUCCGGCUUUGUGUUCGGGUUGUAGAGAUGCUGUGUUGGUGUAGACAAGCUGAAACUUUUGCUUUCAGCAUUUAAAAUAUAUCAAUAUUUACUUAUUUUCAGCAACAGAGGGAUUCAUUAAUGUAUCCGGCAGGUGAGUGUGUCUUGAAUUUCCUUUAGUUUGAGUCUGGUUAUAAGGAAUGUGAACCUUUUGGGUUUUAUUGUGAGGCUCUUCGGCUGACUUCCGGUUCCUUACAGGUCAUAUUAACACCUUACAGAUUAGAGCUGGAAAUGGCCCCUGGUGGACUGGAUUCUCUGAGCAUCUCAGAGCAAAAUGAUGCUUCAGUCUAGAAACAGGAUAUUUUCUCAAGAAUAUAAGCUUCCAUUCUGUUCUUUAUAUUAAUUGAGAAAGGCCACGACCAGGCAGUAACAUCUAAAUAUUCAAUGUUUAUUUGUACAGCACUUUUAACAAUGGACAUUGUCAAAAAAGCAGCUUUACACAUGUAAAUAGGAUACAAAACUUGAAUUAUGUGUAGUAUAUUGCUAAUGGGGAACCCCAGUGGUAAAACUGACGAGGAAAAACUCCCUGAGAUGAUUACAGAGAGAAAUCUUGAGAGGAACCAGACUCAAAAGGAAACCCAUCAUCAUCUAGGAGACACAGAUUGUCCAUUCAUUACCGUUUCAUGAUUGUUGAGGUGUUCUGUUCAGUGAUGGGUCCUUAAAAUGCAAAACUGUUUAUGCCAACUGUGUGAAUAUGAAUCUAUUAAAGUAAAUCCGGCAGUUAAGAUGGACGAAAAGCAGUUUGAGUCUCAGACGCAGUACAUCGAUUCAUAUCAGCACUGGUAUCAUUGUACACAUCAGCAGUUUGAACCAGCACCAGGUUCUCAGUACAGCCAGAUGGUUAAUGUUUCUCAUUACGAGCAGGAUGUCGGAGAGUAUAGCACCCUGAAUGAAUUUUCAGACCAUAACGAUCCAGAUCCAGAGAUCAGUCAUCAUCAUCAGCUUCCUGUCCAGCCUCCAGCUCUUCCAUCAACCACUGAGAAAGGAAAGAAGCGUGGAAGACCUCCCAAGCAGGGGAAAAAUGACCAAACCGACACAGAAGUCACUGUGAAAAAAGCCAAAAGAACUCUGGACAGAUUUAAUGGCAUGUCCGUGGAAGAGGUCAUGGCCAAAAAACUGCCAGAUGUCAUCACCUACAAUCUGGACAUUCUGAUCAUUGGUAUCAACCCCGGAUUGAUGUCAGCCUAUAAAGGACGACAUUACCCAAAUCCAGGAAACCAUUUUUGGAAGUGCCUGUUCUUAUCGGGGCUUACGGAUGAGCAGCUGAACUACAUGCAUGAUCAGAGUCUUCCAGAAAAAUACGGCAUCGGAUUUACAAACAUGGUCGAGAGGACCACCCCUGGAAGCAAAGACCUCUCAAAUAAAGAGAUUCGAGAAGGAGGCAAACAACUUCUGGAAAAGCUACAAAAAUACCAGCCACGAAUCGCAGCCUUCAAUGGGAAAUGUAUUUAUGAAACGUUCUGUAAAGAGAUUUUCGGCGUGAAAGCCAAGAACCUGGAAUUUGGACUGCAGCCCUACAAAGUUCCCGAGACAGAAACGUUUUGCUACCUGAUGCCUUCAUCCAGCCCACGCUGUGCUCAGUUCCCACGAGCUCAGGACAAAGUUCACUUCUAUAUUAAGCUGAAGGAACUACGGGACCAGCUGAAGUGUGUGGUGCAGAACCAGGAGAUUCAGGAGACACAGUACUCGUUUGAUUUGGUGUUGGCUAAAGAGGAUGCCAAAAGGAAGGCCAUCAAAGAAGAGCAGCUUGACCCUGGCUAUGAGGAAACCUCUUCUAAUGCGACACAACAGACAUGCAGCUUCUAUCCUGCUAAUGAACAAGGUGCUACACAUCCAGAACAAUCAUCAGCUAUGGGACAGGCCAAGUUUGACCAGUGGACCAUGCAGCCGUUUACAGACCAGAUUCCAGACAUUCGGUUCUUUAGCGGCAAUGAGUCGUCACAAUCGAAUACUUUUCGAAACUACAAGGAAUAACAAUUUAAAUCUUUGUUUUUCUUACAGUAGCUGCCUGACUUUUUAGUCAUGUGUUUCUAUUUAUUGUGUUUUGUAGAACUAGUAGAUCAUGUGUGGAUGAUGUAUUCCAAAUCCAGUGUUGUUUUUUUCCCCUUUUAAUUUUGCUCUUUGUUUUUGUAUUAUGGACCUUCGUAUGCAGAAGUGAUGGAUUUUACUUGAAAGCAGCAUUAUGUAAAGAAUGCUGCUAUUUUUUUUCUACUGUCAGGAUGCAGUACUCAAGACUGUGAUGUACUUCAUUUUUUGUUGCUUUUUUUUAAAAAUAAAGGUAUGUAUAUUUUACCCCUGUUUACUAAGCUGAGGUCAUGCUUGAUGUAUGGGUUGGUUUACUUGCAUGAUAUUUGACACUAAAUCAUAGUUAUUAGUGUUUAUUUAUGACCUCAACUGAAGGGUAUUUAUGCUCUUGCACUGUGUUAUCUUGGAAUGUUUGCACAAGCCGUGUAAAAGGGAUUCACGAUUUCAAAAGGAGCAGUUCACACCACAUCGUCUAGGACUGAUGUUUUUGAUGACCCAUUCUGUUCCACCUUUCUGUUUUUAUAUACUGAUUGUAUUUAAUGUUCUUUACUGCUACAACUUACAUUUGAUGUAAAUGCUCUGGGAAUUUGUUGCAGGGUGUAUUACAUGUACAGAUGCGCAUCAAGCUAGGUUUUUAUAUUUAUGGUGUAAUUACUUUAGUGUGAUUUAGUAUCAUGACUUUUUGUAAAACACAUAUGGAGAAAUAAAUAAUACUCACGACUGGACUGUUGGAAAUGAUGGAUUAAAAAAAAAAAAACUCUCCCA